ACAAGCUUUUUAAUUCUUACCUCAGGAGGGCCAAGUGAACUACUCAGGAAGCUUCUUGCUGUGUUGCAAGCCCGUGCGCGCUGCCGCGCUUCCUCCAGGCACUAACCCACACACACCACCGUGAGCCCUCCUACAAUGGGUUUGGCUUAUAUGCGGAAGUUUCAGUUCCGUUCAGCCCAGUUGACUUGAAAACUGAGGACCGACCGACAGCAGUCACGCUUCUCCAUCGGAACACCGGCCCCGGCUUCACAACGCAAGGUGAAUCAUGAGCAGCAGCAGCUACAGCGUCUCCUUGGCUGGUCCUUCCCCCUGGGGCUUCAGACUGCAAGGAGGGAAGGACUUCUGUUUGCCCCUCACCAUCUCACGGCUGACUGAAGGAAGCAAGGCAGCCAAUGCCAAGAUGAGUGUUGGAGACAUCAUUCUCUCCAUUAACGGCAUUUCCACAGAGAGCAUGAAUCACCUCGAGGCCCAGAACAAGAUUAAGGCCUGCACAGGCAACCUCAGCCUCACCCUGCAGAGACCCUCCACCGCCCCACCUAAAGAUGAAGCACCCAAGGAUGACCCUCGAGAAAUCAUUAAGCCUGUUCCGAUCACUCACCCCGCCCCAAGCACCACAUACACCAAGCUAUCAAGUCAGCCCAGUCCUGCAUACAAGACAGCUCGGCCUUUUGGGGGGGACAGCAGUGCAUUUACAUCUUCUCUCUCCCCGGCUGCCCCAAAAGUGGCCUCCAUUCCUUCUGAAUCCUCCGCUUUCAUGCCAGCUGCUCCAUCUCAACCACCGCAGCCUCCGUUUCCACUGAAGUCAAGCCUCGCAGCUCCAGCUCCAGCUAACUCAGUUCCCAAGCCUAGCCCUGUCUGCUCCACCUUCACCUCCCCGUCUCCCUCUUCCUCUUCAUCUAAGUCCUCCUCUCCAGCCAAAGUGACAUCCCCGUCCUCCCAUCCUAAUGUCCCACAAUCCUCUGCCUAUAACACACCUAUCAACCUCUACUCCAAUGUUAAUGCUUUUGAGGUGGCUAAGGGACAAAGGCGAGGUGUUUUGGAGAGCCAGGGGCUGUCAGAGCACUUGAAUAGGAAACCUAGUGCGGAGCCUGAGAAUCAUGCAUCCCCACUGAGCGAUGCCAGCAAGAGGCGCCUGAUUGAGGACACAGAGGACUGGCACCCGCGAACUGGCACCACCCAGUCCCGUUCCUUCCGUAUCCUGGCUCAGCUCACUGGCACUGAAAAUGAGCAAGUUCCAGAGAAUAUUGGAAAAAAUGAGACAGUUGACAAAACCCCUCCCACUGUGCACACCUCACCUGCAGCAAAAACAUGUUCCAAGUCUGCAGCAGUGCCCAGAAAUGGCAAUGUUGUUCCUGCUUCCACAUUCAAGAGUCCUACAGCCCAGAGCAAGUCCUCAAACCAGCCUGGAGGUCCAUCAGGUUUUUCUAAGGGUGCAGUAGCUCCUUCGUUUGGCAGAAUCACCGGUCCUGCUGCCAAAAAUCCAGACCGCCCCACCCCACAGCCCCAUCCACAGGACCUCCAAUCUCUGGUGCAGAGAGCUGAGCACAUCCCAGCUGGUAUGCGCACACCAGUAUGUGGCAAGUGCAACAAUGUUAUCAGGGGCCCAUUCCUUGUGGCCAUGGGCAUGUCUUGGCACCCUGAAGAAUUCAACUGUGGUCACUGCCACUCCUCCUUGGUAGACGGUGGAUUUGUGGAGGAGAAAGGCCAGGUGUACUGCGAACGUUGCUAUGAGCAGUUCUUUGCUCCCACCUGUGCCCACUGCCACCAGAAGAUUCUGGGGGAGGUCAUGAAUGCCCUGAAACAGACCUGGCAUGUGUCCUGUUUUGUCUGUACUGCCUGCCAUCGGCCAAUCAGAGGCAACAUGUUUCACAUGGAGGAUGGACAGCCAUACUGUGAAAAGGACUACAACAACCUGUUUGGGGCUAACUGCCACGGCUGUGACUUCCCCAUCGAGGCAGGAGACAAAUUCUUGGAGGCUCUAGGAUUCACUUGGCAUGACACCUGCUUUGUGUGUGCGGUCUGCUCUACUAGUCUGGAAGGUCAGCCGUUCUUUUCCAAAAAGGACAUGCCGUUGUGUAAGAAACAUGCCCACACAGUCAACAUCUGACUUUCCCUCAUGGGUACGAACAGCAUAGGACAGCUGUGCUAGUUUACAGCAAUUUGUAUUUCAGUCAGAUGUUAAAUAUUCUCAAAAUUAAAACUGAGCAGAUUUAUUUGUUUGUGUGUUCUGUUAAUUAACGUUGGGUCGGGGCGCCCCAUAGCUGAGUGGUUACGGCGCAGCGCACCAUAUACCACACUGGGUUUCACGAUGUCGGUGUUUUGACUCCUCUGACAGCUCUGUCACAGGUCUCUCUAUCUCCCCUUUUGUCUAUCUGCCUCUCUGCGAUUCACUAAUUAAUAAAAACAUCAAAAGCCUGAAAAUAAAUCUUAAAAAAAAUAAAUAAAUAACAUUGGGUCAGAGGUUCCACUGUAAACUUUAUUUUUGUGCUAGUAAUGUUUUAAUUUGCCAUUCUUGUUGGUUAUUUCAUUUUAGUUUUUUUUUUUCUGACAAAAAUGCAGGAGUACAUUUCAAUACUCAAUCCAUAUGCAAGUGUAUUAAUAUUAUUGCUGGGCCUUUUAUUUGUGCUAGUAGUACUGUAUGUUGAACUCUUGAUGAUGGUUUACUGCAAUGACCUACUGAGAUGGGAAAGAAAAUAUUGAUGUGGAAAGUGAUGCAACACAUUAGCAAAGCCAAUGCAAGGAUUAGAAAUUAAGAUUAUUUAACUUAAAGGGGACAAAUAUGUAAGGCAGGGAUCACUCGGACAACGUGUUCAGGCAACAAGACCUGCAGUACAUGAGCAGUAUAUGAGCACAUGGCCUUAAGAAUAAAAAUGGGGAAGUGUAUUCUUAGUAUUAUUAUUUUAAAGUAAUAUGUUAUUGAAUCAAAGCCCGGGCCGACCCGGGGCCUUUUUUUGUGGAGUUUGCAUGUUCUCCCUGUUCCUGCGUGGGUUCUCUCUGGAUG